UGCCGACAGUCUAGUUCCCAUUCCCCAUCCCUCUCUGGAAUCACAGACAUUUCCUCGCGUCGCAGUUAUAUUGGUGCACUGUUACAUCUACUGUUCUGGAGAAUGGCGGACACCAACAUCACCGCGAACAAGACUGGCGAGACGACGCAAGAAGCUGGUGAUGAUAAAGGUGGGGCGGUUGAAGUGUCACCGCUCACUAUCCGUACCAAAGAAAUGCAGUACAUGGAGCUUUUGGAAAAACGUAUUGCGGAUCUAGAAGCUAGGCUGAAGGAAUCUGAAAAAGGCAAGAAAGAAGAUGAUAAAGACGAGGCAGGAAAAACGCUGGCACGCUCGCAUACGCAGUUGCUUGAGUCUACUAGUAUACGGUACAGACAGGUCAAGUAUACGGAUGAUGGGUUGGAGGAUGCGAGAGACAUAUCCGAGAAGGAAUUUGCAAAAGUCGAACAAAGCGGUAAAGCCAAAGAAGGCGACGACAUUGUCUGGACGCGGCACUUCACAAACGAAAACAAGUACGACCACACCGAAGCGCUCAUCGUCGGUAGCGAGCUGCAGAACUUGCUCAAAGCGAAAUUGUCGCACGACCCGCGGUUGCAUUUUGCAAACGAUGGCGAUAACAACGAUCUGACUAUUCUGAGCCCGUUUGAGCCUAUACUGCAUAUCUGGACGGAGUUGGGGAAGUUGGCGGGGAGCGAGAUUGAUUCGGAGGAGUGGACGGGGAUACGGAGUCGGUUUGAGGAGUCUGCGAAGACGGCUUCCAAGAGCCGAAUGUCCGUCACCGUCCGCCUAAGCACAACAGAUGAGCGGCUCCGCAAAGCCAAAAAGGAUUUGACUACCCUACUUGACCACAUCCGCGCCACACAAGAAGUAAGUUCGUAUCUCAACAGCGGGCUCGAAGCGUCGCAGACUAGCGGCACCAUUCAAUUCGAGUUCCUGUGGACUUUGUUCCCGCCCGGUGAGCUCGUGUACGCGACGCCGUUCAUGAAACAACCGCAGCUCUUCAUCGUCAAGGAGAGUCUGAGCUACAUCGAGUACGAACGCGGUGAUAACCGUGGCGACCGCGAGCAAGGGAAACGGCUGGCGCGAUAUUGGUAUUUGGAUUGCUGGAGUUAUGAUUGGGAUGGGAAGAAGUAUAAUCGUGUUCCGCUUACGCUCAAGUUUGAUAACUUCCAGGGCGCGAGGAAGAUUAAUACGCUGCCUUGUUAUCCGCUCAAGUAUAGGGAUGAUAGGGACGAUCCGGAUAAUGUGAAGCUGAAGGAGAAGUUGGUGAGUAGGGGAAAGCUGUUCGUAAAUUACUGUGAGAGGAAGAGGGGGAAGCAGAUGCUGGAUUACGAAGGCGAAGCUAUCAGCCACGGGAGUGGGUUCCAGAAAUUGAAAGACCCAACGCAGCAGUCCGAUUCGGAGAUGGUGAUCGCGUAUCUGGGAACCAUCUGGGAUGUGAGGAACCGCAUGAGCAGUAAACUCAAAAUGAACCUCUCCAAAGCAGAAGUCCGUCAUAAAACCGGCCGCGUAAUGAUCGACUUCGAGUCCUACCUCCAACACGCCCCCGAUAUCCGCACCAACGGACCAAUGGGCGACAUCGAGUUCCUCAGCUCCGCCGACGAAUGCCACUGCGGAUCCUGCCUAUCCAACGAGCUCCUCAAAGACAACCAACGCCGUCACUACGACGACUUCGGCCCUACCAAAUCCGGCGCGUUUCCGCACGAAGAACAGUACCUCCUCUGCCCACCCCGGGUCCUGGGCUACCAUCUCGAGAGCCGCACGUGGCUCGAGCUCGAUGUCGAGAAGCUGCAGAAUAUCUCGCAGCCCGUGAGCGAUUUGGCGUUUCGCAAGUUGCAGCUGCAUAAGACGCUGAAGGAGUUGAUUCGGAAGCUGGUGCAGAGCCAUACGAGUGGGACGGGGAAGAAGCCGCUUAUGGAGGAUAUUGUGAAGGGAAAGGGGCAGGGGUUGGUGAUUUUGUUGCACGGCCCGCCUGGUGUCGGCAAAACCCUAACCGCCGAAUCCGUCGCCUCCCUAACCGGAAAACCCCUCUUCAGCAUAACAACAUCAGACAUCGGACUGGCCCCCGCAGACGUCGAGCACAACCUCGAGUCGCUCUUCGAGCUCGCGGCGCGGUGGCACGCGGUGCUCCUCUUCGACGAAGCCGACGUAUUCCUCGAAUCGCGGUCCUCGCACACCUCUGACCUGACACGCAACGCGCUGGUGUCGGUGCUGCUCCGCGUCCUCGAGUACUACUCUGGCAUCCUGAUCCUGACCACGAACCGCAUCAACCAAUUCGACAUUGCCGUGCAGUCGCGCGUCAAUCUAGGGAUAAAAUACAACAAUCUCAGCAUGGAGCAGAAAUCGGCGAUUUUCUCGCAGUUUGUGGGGUCGAUUGCGGAAGAGAAGGUGGAGAAUCGCGACGAGUUGGAGAGUUGGUUUAGGGAUGAGGCUGAGGAGUAUUUGGAGCAGUUGAAUGGGAGACAGGUUAGGAACGUGCUGUUUAGUGCGGGGAGCUUGGCGCAGAGGGAGCCGGGGGGCGUGUUGAAGAAAGAACAUGUUGAGAGUAUGGCGAAGCAUACUGCGAGGUUUCAGGGGGAUUUGAAGGCCGUUGUGCAGGCUGCUAGGCAUAAGGCUGAGGCGGGGCAUAUGGCGGAUUGAUCUUGUGGGCGUAGAUGGGGUGGUUUCUUUAGAGGUUAUGUAUAAGUUUUCUGUUUGAUGUUUUCUGCGACUUGGUGAUGUGUUU